UAUCAACUAUCAAGCUUACUUCAGUAAAGUUGUAGUUCACUAGUUCAGUCUUCGUAAGUCCAUAAACAUCACAAAUUGGCGCUCGCUGACUCAUGUGCUAUUGAGUACGUUGCUAGUUUGUUAAUUUGCUUGUCAAAAUAAAUCCAAAAACUCAGAUACCAUGGCCACCUCCGUUGCGACUAACCCUUCGACUUUGCUUCCACUUGAACUUGUGGAUAAAUGUAUUGGCUCUAGGAUUCACAUUGUUAUGAAAAACGAUAAGGAAAUAGUCGGUACCUUAUUGGGGUUUGAUGAUUUUGUCAAUAUGUUGCUUGAAGAUGUAACAGAAUAUGAAUCUACCCCUGAAGGAAGACGAGUCACUAAGUUGGAUCAAAUAUUGUUAAAUGGAAAUAACAUAACAAUGUUGGUUCCUGGUGGUGAAAUGCCUGGUGAAUAACAAUUGUUGUUUACAUUUUUAUGGAAAUAUUCAACAAGUCAUAAACGGAGAUAAUAUGUUUAACUAUUAAUAUUAAAUUUAAUGUGUACAUUUUUAGUCUACCUAAAUGUUCAAGUCUGAAAUAUAAUAAGUUACUCAUA